UCUUCUGUCCUUGUUCAACUUUCAGGAACAAACAAGACAGAGACACUCAUAGCGUUAAAUAGCGUCUCCUCGAACGCAGCCUAUGACGUCUCUGUGUCAUUUCACUUAUACCAUGUGCGAUUACUCAUGUGUCCUGUGUAAGAAAAAUUGCUGAAGAUAUUGGAAAGUUAUUGGUAGAACAAAUAUUAACUAAAGCUUGAUAGAAUAACAAGAAUAGAGUCAACGAUGGAAGCUUUGGAAACUCGUUACACGCAAUUGUAUCGUAAUAUAACUGCGUACAUAAACGAUGACUUAUUUUCAACAUCCGUAGACGGCGUACCAAUACGAAAACUGUUUAUUGGUAAUUUAGCCGAGAGGACCAGUUUCAGAGAUGUGAAAAAUCUCUUUUCUGCAUAUGGCGAGGUUGAGGGUUGUUAUUUGUGUAGAAAUGCAGGAAGAAGAAACUAUGCUUUUGUCACAUUUAAUGAUGUUGCAAGUGCAAUGAAAGCUUUGAAAGAUGGAUGUAGUAAGCAAAUAAGGUUGCACAACAGAGACUUAAGAAUAAUGGUUGCAGAUUCUUGGAAUCAACCUGAUAGUUUAGCAUUUAAAUUUUCUGAGAAAAAGUUUGGCAUAAAUUAUACUCAGGAAUAUACACAAGAAUACUUUAAAAGUGCACCCAUUCAUAUGCUGAAUGAUGAUUGCUUGAUUCAUAUUUUUAAAUAUUUAUUAAUUGCUGACAGGGUCCGUGUAGAAAGAGUAUGCAAACGUUGGAAAGUCUUAAGUCAAGAAUCUUGGCGCACAAUGAAAAGAUUAGAUAUCUCACACUUUACAUGGGAUCAUAUAUGGGGCAAACCAAUAAUAUACCAUAUCAGUACGGCUGUGUUACGGAAGGUGUUGCUGAAAUGUGGCAGAUUCCUAACACAAAUAGAUCUAUCCGAAGUACCCAAUUACUUAGGCAUAGGUACAUUAAGCAUGAUCGCGAGGUUUUGUCCCAAUCUUACAAAUAUCGACGUUUCUGCAUUACCAACUUGUACGACGGGUCUGUCCGCAUUAUUGAAGAAAUGUAAAAAAAUAACUAAGCUCAGUUUGGGAGCGUCGACACACGUUUUGGAUAGUGAUUUGAAGAAUGUUUUCAAAGAAUAUAGAGGUUUAAGUCACUUCGCGAUACGUUCCAAUGGUGACAUCUCGGGCAAGUGCCUAUCGAGCCUGCCGGCCCAAACAAUGCGCACACUUAUAGUAGACCAAUGCCAUAAUAUCGUCGAUGAUGAUUUUUCCAUAGCAUUAGCGAAGCUCGAAAAUUUGGAGUAUCUUGAAAUAUGUAGUUGCUCUAGUAUUGGUGAAAAAACAUUGGAAGUUAUCAGCAAACGCUGUCAGAAUCUAAGAGAAUUACGAAUUCACGGGUACUUCUCCUACCUACAAAAUGCAAAGAUGCUACAAUUUACCAAUAUUGUUAAUCUGCGAAUGCUGCAAGUCACACACUUCACCGCAUUCUCAGACGAGCAACUCAUUAGUGCGGCACUAAGUUGUCCGCAGAUUACUUACGUAAAUAUUUCAGGGUGCUACAACGUGAACGAUGCUGGAUUAGCAGCUAUUACAACAUUGCCAAAAUUGGAAUACUUAUACAUCAAUCUUUUAACUAACAUUACCGAUAAAAGCUUGAAGAACCUGGCGAACCUAAAAGAAUUUGAAUGUCACUCAUGUCCAUUAAUAACUGACGAUGGGAUACGCAAUAUUCUUGCAUCCUCACCCCAAUUACAACUACUAAAUCUUUCCAAAUGUAGUAGCAUUACGAAUGCCACUUACGAGGCUGCUAGGCAAAUUUGCGAUAAACGGCCUAGUAACUUGGUAUUAAAAAUGUUUAUUUGGGGAACACAAAUUGUUUUAACAGAUGAACAUGCAAUAUCUCCGUUUUUGCAAACCGUUAAUGUCAAUAUGUCGUAUACAGGGUAUCGUUGAAUUGAUGUUACAUCCGGCAGGGGAAUUGUGAAAUUGAUCACUUUUUGUUAAUAUACUUAUGACAAGAAACAUUUCCUUUUGGCGCGCUUCUCAUGGGCCGGGAAAGUUUCUGCAAGCCUGCGUACAAGCCACAUCGAUUCCUUAAAUUUAGAUUUUUUAAAUAGAUCUGCUUAAAAGAUUUAACGUUUCAAGUGGAAUGGUUUCUUGAACAUAAAUCGCGAUUUCUCAUUUCACGAAAGUAUUAACGGAAAGUAAUCAGCUCCGGCUCUCCUAUCUCCACCCUCGAGUACAAUAACAUCAAUUCAUUAAUCCUUUAGCCUCAAAUAACGUCUUUGGCUCAUCGUGUUUCUAAUGCCAAAGCGAUAAGCGUGCAAUAAAGAGGUGCUGUGAAUUUGUAGAAUUAUUUAACAUACUAGUCAUUUUGUAAAAGGAAUUAUGUUGCUUUCUCUUUUUGAGGGCUGUGAAUAUAGAAAUUCGAUAUUAAAAUUUAUAUUUAUAUGAAAAAUUGUCCCUAAUUUAAUCGUAUGUUAUGAGAUUAACAUCCAUACGGUUGUUCACCGUAUUGAGGAGAUUGCAUAACUUUACAGAGAUCUACAUGGUUGUAAAUGUGGAAAUUCAACGUUGAAUCUUUAGUAUGUUUCUUUAGUCGUAUGUUUCUCUAAUUAACUUUCGUAAUAUUGGCAAUUCCGUCAACCUCACAGACUACGAUGCCUGGUUCAACUCGGAUCUAGACACCGUUCGGCGAAGAUUAAUAGUAACAACGUGGUAUAUGUGUGUUAAUACCCGACUGAAAUAUCUUCCAUCGUUUUAUUCACCACUUUCUGCUACUCUUCAAAUACUUGUCUGGACCCGUGUCUAUCAAAUGAUUCAUUUCUUGAGCCAAUGAAAUUCAAUCCGAGGAUUGUAAGCCCCUGACGGCAUCUUGCAAAUCAGUGAUAAUUUUCUAGAUAAUUUUUAGAUAAUCUUUCAGAUUAGAUUUAUUAUAUUUAUUUAUAUUGAGUUGUUUCGAGUACGAAGAGCUAAUUGUGAUGUGUGUUUACAAAUAAAUAAUAAAUAUUUUUUCAAAUGUUUUUGUUUUCAAAUGUGUGUAUAAUCGUCUUUAUUCGAACUCUAAUUUUCACGGUAGUGCUGCAAUAUAAAGUACAUAAAUAAAAUAUUUCAGAAGUUAAAAUCUCAGUUGAAAACGUAAUUGCAUUUUUGUGAUUUAAUGUUGAUACAAGCUUUUGAUUGCAACUGUUUCUAUCUAGAUUGGUAUAAAUCCUCAGAUCUCUUUCAUGAAAAUUGCUAGAAAAAGAGAAUUUCCUAGUGUCCCAAUGGACCAAUUUUAAAUAAUUUGCUUUCUGUUCUUGAUAAAUAUUGCAAGAAAAUCGCUCUAUUUUUAAGUAUCCUAAGUCUAAAGGCAAAUUUUUAAAAACUAUUUUACAAUAAUAUUACUCGUACGUGUUUCAACAUGUUUAUGUACUUGUAUUUUUCUUACAUUUAUUUUAUUAAGAUAAUUUGUUAGGAACUUAUUAACUUUUACAAUCUCUCAUAAUAUACUAGUUGUGUGUCAAUCGGUGUAAAAAUAAGAUGUUUAAGCUGUAAGAGAGCAGAGUAUAGCAGAUGUAUCUGACCACCCACUGCCGUUUUUUUACGUCCGAUGCUGUCACAUCGAGAAGAUUAAAAAAAAAACAACCAUAAGUUAUAACAUGAUUAAAUAAUAUUAUAGAGAUCAUCGAUACUGCACAUUGUAUGGCUAAUGCAGUAGACAAGAAACGUGAACUCGUGCUUUCGAUAUCUUGUCGUAAGUUGAACAUGUUAAAUGUGGAAUUAUAUACACUUGCAAUAUUGAUAUAAUUUUAUUGUUCUUAUAAUUACGACGCUUAGACAGUGAAUUCAUACAUCUGCAGUUAUUAUGCACAUAUUUGCAACGAGGAAUGUGCACGUAUUUUAAUAAGUGGUAGGAAUUAUGAGCCUUUACACGAGAUUAUGAUUUAUCGCUUGAUAAAAUCGCUAAAAUUAUAUUGACAUAUCUUAUACACCUUUUACGAUGUGAUCUUUUUGCAGCUAAAUGUGUAUAUUGUCCUCCUAUAAUAGAUAUAGAGAUCACUUUACAACAAAUGGCAUUAUAUGCGUUUGUUUCUCAUAUAUAUAUAUACACACAAUUAUAAUAAUUAUUAUUGUUGUUACUAUGAAUCGCGAGUUGAACAUAUGAUACGUUUUGAGCGUCUUACGCUUCUGCGCAUGCUAGGGGGAAGGGAGAAGGGGAGGGGGGAACAUCUCGCUCGGCUUACAAAUAUCACGAUACACUCGUAACACUAUCCGACGAUUUUUAAGCCAACUCGGAGAUGGCUACUAUUACACGUGAGACUAACUUACAGACUUGCAUCUACAAAAUACAUCGUGUUCCGGAAUAAGAAGUUUUCAACGAAUCAUAAAUCGAUCAUAAUAUCAUGAUUUGAAUGUAUGUACAAUAUAUAGUCGUGCGUCCCGCGAUGAUUCUAUUGCACUGUCGUUAAUGCGUUAUAACUCGCACUUUACUCCGACGAAUAAACUAAAUCUCUCUCUCUCUUACCAAUGAUGCUGUAACAACAUUAAGUACUACAAAAAUUAAUCUGCUUAAAUAUGAGCGGAGAAUCACGACGGCGUAUUCACGAUGACACAUAUAACAUGAGAGAUAACGGCGAAAUGAAAGACCCCUCCGUUGUAGCAACUCUUCGAAUAUUCGUGAAUCUCAAGUUAACUUACACUGGUAACCACGGAGUAGCUCGAUACUUUUCAAAUGCACUUUGUAAGAACUGCACACGAACAGAUUCGUGGUGCACUUAAGUUAUACACUAAUGGUCAAUCCUCUCGCCGAAACUCAAACGAGACUCCUCAAACUGUCGACCGAUAAGAUGGUGAUGCGACGUGACUGUUUAUCCUUUGCAGCAAAAGGAUUCACAGUUAAAUACUACAGAGUAUGUGAAUGUAGAUCAAACCGUGUUACGAAGUAUUCAAACCGUGUUACGAAGUAUUAUUCGUAAUAUAAGGCCGCGAUUACGUGAAAAAUUGUAUCAAGCAUCUCGUUCUGUACAUCUGUCGAUGUACCGAAGGAGUCCGUUACAAUAUC